AUGACGGCGGCCACCGACGCCGUAUCGGGCAAGUGGCGUACCGCUGCCCGCGAGGUGACGCUGCCCGUCCAGCUCAAGCUGCUUCAGGAAACGGGGCGAUACGAGGCGUUCAAUUUGAAGCCCAUCGACUACUACAAGACUCCAUACACCGUUUGGCCCGUACCGGACUGGCUCUUCUGGGAAUCCGACGUCGCCAAGUGGAUCGAGGGUGUGUGCUAUUUCUUGCACGAACAACCAGACGCAGAGCUGCGCAAGCACGUCGACUACCUCGUCGACCUCAUCGAGUCGGCACAGCAGGCGGACGGCUAUCUCAACAUCCACUUUGUCGUCAACGAGCCGGACAAGCGAUGGUCCAACUUGCGCGACCUACACGAGCUUUACAACGGCGGGCACCUGAUCGAGGCGGCUCUCGCCCAUCAGAAGCUGACAGGGUCGGAUCAGUUCAUCAAGGUCAUGUUGCGUUUCGUGGAGUACUGCGCGAGCGUCUUCGGUCCUGAGUCACAAGGCAAGAAGCCUGGCUACCCUGGCCACCCCGAAAUCGAACUUGCCCUGCUCCGACUGUACGAUCGCACGGGCGACAAGACCAGCUACGAGUUGGCGCACUUUUUCCUCACUGAGCGCGGUCGAGACGGUGGCAAGUACUACGUCGACGAGCAGGCUGCGAGAGGAGAGCAUCCGCAGCUCGCUCCCGGGAUGAUGCCCAAGAAGGGCUCCUACUGGUACAUGCAGGCGCACGCGCUGAUCAAGGACCAGCAGCACGUCGAAGGUCAUUCCGUUCGAGCAGGCUAUCUGCUCACGGCCGUGGCCGAUCUGGUCGACAUGCAGCGGGACGCUCCAACACGCGAGACGGGCGACCUCCUCGCGGCGCUGUACCGUCUUUGGAACAGCAUGGUCACCGAGAAGAUGUAUGUGACGGGCGGCGUUGGGUCGGUCAAGCAAUGGGAGGGCUUCUCCAUUCCUCACUCUCUACCUCAAGCCACGGACGAAGGGGGCUGCUACGCCGAGACGUGCGCCGCCAUUGCCGUUGUGAUGGUGUCGGAGCGUAUGCUCGCGAUGAAGCUAGACAGCAAGGUUGCCGACGUAGCCGAGCGCGCCUUGUUCAACGCAAGCGUCACCGCGGGCAUGUCCGUCGACGGGCGCAGCUUUACCUACGAGAACCAGCUCGCCAGCAGCGAGGCGGAUCCGUGCGAGCGCCACACGUGGUUCCAGUGCGCCUGCUGCCCGCCCAAUGUCCUACGCACGCUCGGCAUCCUCGGCGGCUUCUUCUGGUCGCAGCCUCCCGGAGGAUCCAUCGAUGACGUGGCGAUCCACCACUUCUUCGACGGCACAAUCCGCGCCGGCUCGACGGAAGUGCAGCUCGCAACGCGCUACCCGUGGGAGGGCAAGGUCAGCAUCGACGUCCAAGGCCCGGGCAAGGUCCUGAUCCGUAUCCCCGGCUGGGCCAACAAGGACUACACGCUUCAGCCCGCGGCAGUCGGUCCACCACAAGGGGGCUACGUCCAGCUCUCGCGCGGUCGCAACGUCCUCGACUUGCCCAUGCGGCCGCGCCUGGCCUUCUCUCACCCGCACACAACGCAGGCAACCGUCUCCCUCGUGCGCGGUCCCCUCGUGUACUGCCUCGAAGACGAGGACAACAAGUGGGAGCGCGAUCAUUUCAAGAACCUGUGCAUCCCCGCCGAUGUGGAUUUGAGCGCCGUGCGAGAGGAGCAGGGCGCCGACGGCGUGACGUACCUGAUCCUACCGAAGGCCGGGCAUCACCUCAGACCGCCGAGAGCGGCGACGGCGCAGCCACCCGGCGUCGUCGAAGGGGAGACGUACACGCAGGACUUUAUUGGCAUGAACGACGUUGCAAGCAUUGGCGAGUAUGAGGAAGAGGUGCGAGAUUUGACGUUCGUGCCGUACUACUAUCGCGCGAACCGGAGGACGAAGGGGGUGCAGAUGCGGACGUGCUUCAGGGUCAAAACGUAGAUCGGAAU